GGUGUACGGUAGGAAGCCGUGUGUGCCUGUAGGUGUACCGUAGGAGGCCAUGUGUGCCUGUAGGUGUACCGUAUGUGUGCCUGUAGUUGUACUGUAGGAGGCCGUGUGUGCCUGUAGUUGUACCGUAGGAGGCCGUGUGUGCCUGUAGGUGUGCCGUAGGAGGACGUGUGUGCGGUAGUGUGUACGGUAGGAGGCUCUUUAUACUUAGGUUUAGACCAACAUCGGGCAGACGCCAGGUAGGACUCACGUCCUGUUUCUUUGAGAGGUGUUCCUCAGAUGUUAUUGCAUUACACCAUUCCCCAGGAUGUGACCCACAACAGCCGUCUUACAACCAGGUUCCUACUCACUGCUGGGUGAACAGAGGCAACGGGUGUAAAGAGACCUGCCUAGUUUCUCGCCCUACCCGGGGAGUUUCAGUAUAUAUCACUAGACCGUGAGGGUCUUCAUAUGUACCAUAAGAGGACAUGUGUACUGUACCUGUGUGUAACGUUAGAGUCCACGUGUACGCGUGUGUGAGCUCUGAAGGGGCGGACUUCCCAUAAAUUCGAUUUCGUCAGUGCUUUUCCGUCAGUGAGGGCGUUGACUUAGUACGUUUUGCCACAGCCUGGCGCAGCAGAACCCGCAAGCGGUAGUGUGGUACGUCAUGACAUCACAGGUGGUGGACUUGCGACAGGGUGUGGCUGGUCGCCUGCUGGAGCACUACCACAACCUGAGGGUGGUGACGGUGGACCUGCGUCAGGUGUUCUACAACACACCACUGAUGGACCUGUACACCUCCACCGCCUGGAACCACAACACCACGUGGCCAGCAGUAAGUCUCAGUGACAUGAUUCGCCUGGCGCUGGUGUGGCAGGUUGGGGGCCUAUACAGCGACAAUGACGUGGUGUGCAUCGCUUCUCUCACCCACCUGAAGAACGUCAUCGGCAUCGUCAGAGAAAAGAGGGUGAACGGCGCCGUGUUUCACUUUGACAGACAUCACCCUAUGCUGGAGGCCUUCAUGAAACAGCUUAGUGAAGUCUUCAGCCCCAAUGUGUGGGGGGUAAACGGACCAGAUAUGGUGUCGCAAGUGUUAACGACCGCAUGCGGCAAGGACUUGGAGGCUGGGACCCAGUGUCGAGGGCUGACACUACUGAGCACACGAGCCUUCUACCCCUUGCCUGUUAAUGCGUGGAGUAACUUCUUUAUACCUCUCAGGGGCGUGGAUGUGCGUAAGAUGUUUCCCAACUCGUACGUGAUCCACCUGUGGAACAAACUGAGUCACUCUACCCCUAUCUUCAAGGACUCCGGGAUGUUGUACGACGAAAUUGCCAAGGUCUUCUGUCCCAUCACCAGGGAGGGCGCCCCCAGCGUGUACUGACCCUCCAUAACUACUCCACCACUGCUCCAUCACUACCCCACCACUACUCCAUCACUACACCAUAACUACUCCAUCACUACUCCAUCACCCCCAUUAAUAAUCCAUCACCCUCCAUAUCACUACUGUACCUCAUCAGCUAGCACAGAGAAGCAUCCGACAAGGGAACAUUCUUGCACCUAUAGUAUUCAUAUAUUAAGAUGAAUGUUCUCUAUUUAUCUUAUCGACGAAUUAUGAAUAUAUCAUAAUGAAAGAAAUCCCUGGGUUUUUUUAAUCUUCAUCUUUACAUUUCAGUAUUUUUGUUUACAUAAAUCAGGGAUAAUCGUCUGUUAAGCUUUUAAAAAAAAUGACAUUUUUGCCAGAUUCACAUAACUUUUUGUUUUUAUUGCUACAAUUUGAUAGAUAUUACUUCGUAUAUGAGGAAAUUUUCUCUGUUUUAUUAAAGACGUCAUUUACCAUCAUGAAGUAGCUAGAGUGAGUUAGGUUAGGUUAUGUAUGAAACUAUUCUUUCAUAUGUAUCAGGCAGCCGCUCCUCCUCUGCCGUGAAUUGCUACUUAGCAACUGUAUCGGUCGCAGUAUUCUUACACCAAGCAGGAAACAAGGCGGCAUCGCGGACUCAUUGUAGCCAAUCAAGUCGCCGCUGCCGUGAAAUUACCCCAAAUUCCUUGUUUUACCAUCAACAAUUGGACAUGUCUAUUAUAGGUUACUUUUUUUUUUUGCGAAAUCGGUUAUUUUGCAAAAUUACCGGCAUGCACGCCGGUAAUUUU